AUGGUCUUUCUCUCCACCACAACCCCCGGCGACAGCGGCUCAACCAUGAAACCAAUGGGCAGUUUUGUGUAUGCCAUGCCAGACCGCACAAACCCGAAAUCGACAAUAUCAACAAUCCUCUGCAACUCAGCCGGCAGCAUUGAAUACGCGACGCGAACAGCCAAGGUACUCGCUCGUAGGACAGCACUCCCUGUAUAUGUGGGGUGCAACGUUGAUCCUGUUUCUACGGGGACGACAGUGGAGGAAGAGAUGGAGGGGUUUAAGAAGAUUAUUGAUGCGGUUAUGGCGAGGUGGGAGGAGAGUCGAUGA